ACAAUUCGUUUAAAGUCAGAUGAUAUAUGCGGAGGUAUAUGCAAUAUGAAAGGCGAAAUAUUAUCACAAUAUAUACAAAAUAAAGUGAAUGAUUUCGUAAACAGCGGUCUUUUCAAACAUUAUUCGUCAGCUGCUGCUUUUCAGGAUGAGAUUAAAAAAUUAAAAACCAAAAAUAAAAAAUUAGCAAAAGCAUUAGAAAGCUCGAAUAAUAAACUUAGAUCUUCCCGCAUGAAAAUUGUAAGGGCCGAGAAAACAAAAAAAAAAAACAUUUCUAAAAUUCAAUCUAUUACUCAGAAGUCAAAGAAGGUCACACCGACUAAAUUUGUCAAACUUGCAACAGAUAUAAGUAAUGUCGGGACUGUCUCGCUCUUAGCAGCAGCAGAAUGUACCAAUAAAACGAUAAGUUUCUUCACUGGAGAAACAUCAGGUAAGGGAUUAUCAACAGGAACUCUUUCGCGAUGGAAUAAAGAAGUUUCUGCU